UGGCACGCUUGACAGUGAUUGGCAGGGCUGCCAUGACAACCUCACAACCACACCAAGAAGACCAAUAGAAAAGCGAAACAAAAUGUUUCAGUGCUACACUCACGGUGGAUUUAGGGGGAGAUAUUAUGAGGCUGGUGUCAUUAGGCGAUAGCUAUUGAAUCGUACAAUCUUUACUCGUCUUUUCUUUUUCUUGAUAACUGUAUUUCUCUCUCAGGUCAUUCCAUGGUUUUCAGAUCCCCUUUAGAGCUUUAUCCCUCCCAUUUCUUCCUGCCAAACUUCACUGAGCGCCCUGUGCUCUUGGCGAGCAGCACUCCCACCAGGUCUCCAGAAGACUUAUCAAUGUUUGCGCUACCGACCCUCAACUUCUCUCCGGAGCAAGUGGCGAGCGUCUGUGAGACGCUGGAGGAAACCGGAGACAUUGAACGGCUGGGACGAUUCCUAUGGUCCCUGCCGGUGGCACCGGGAGCAUGCGAGCAGAUCAACAAGCAUGAGUCCAUCCUGCGAGCUCGCGCAGUGGUUGCUUUCCACACCGGGAAUUUUCGAGACCUUUAUCACAUCUUGGAGAACCACAAGUUUACCAAAGACUCCCAUGGCAAACUGCAGGCCAUGUGGCUGGAGGCACACUACCAGGAGGCCGAGAAGCUGCGCGGUCGCCCCUUAGGACCGGUUGACAAGUACAGGGUACGGAAGAAGUUCCCCCUGCCCAGGACUAUCUGGGAUGGCGAGCAGAAGACGCACUGUUUCAAAGAAAGGACGCGCGGUCUGUUAAGGGAGUGGUACCUUCAGGACCCAUAUCCAAACCCCAGCAAGAAAAGGGAACUGGCACAAGCCACUGGACUCACUCCUACACAGGUCGGAAAUUGGUUUAAAAAUCGGAGGCAACGAGACAGAGCCGCGGCAGCAAAAAACAGGCUUCAGCACCAGGGAAUUAGACAGAACGGUAUGCGGUCCCUUUCAGAAUCCGGCUGUACUCCACGGAGCUCGGCCGAAUCGCCGUCUACCGCGGCCAGUCCUACUACCAGCAUCUCCAGUAUGACAGAGCGAGUUGACACUGGAACGUCCAUUCUUUCAGUAACAUCCAGUGACUCCGAGUGCGACGUAUGAUAUAAAAAUAUAAAUAUUUACAGGAAAUAUGGACUAUCAAAUAUCGAGGAUGAAAAAAGGACCAAUUUAUAUAAAUAUAUAUAUAAAAAAAAAGAACAACAAAAAAACGUAUUUUGUAAGCGCUUUCAAUGGACCCACCACGCCCCCACCACCACCACCACUACCUGCAUGAUGGUUUUUUGUAUCUGGGAAAAAUACCCCGUUCAAUAUUUCUACAAGGAUCAUCGAGAAGAGGGAAUUAAUUACCAGAGGGUGUUUAUCGCCUUUUCAUCUCCGUUUUAGUCCAAGUGAUGAUGCCGCUCAGUCAAGAUGCAAUUCUGUUUUACUUUAUGUUCAUCAGACAAUCAUUUACGUUAUAAGCACCUUUGUACUACACUUCUGUCACUGCCUGUGUGGAGUAAAUGGUGAAAUGUGGAACCGAAUCGUUAUGACUGUAUCAGAUUUGUAUUUUUAUUUCAAGAUUUGAUAUUGAAUUAUGUAUAUCUCAAAUAAUGCGCUCAUUCUCCCGGUCUGUACUAUCCUAUAUGUGUAGAUAUGUAAAUAAUGCGAUCAUUCUCCCGGUCUGUAAUAUCCAAUAUGUGUAGAUAUGUAAAUAAUGCGCUCAUUCUCCCGGUCUGUAAUAUCCUAUAUGUGUAGAUAUGCUUGUACAUAAUAUUGCUCUCCCAUCUCCAUCUUUUCUAUCCUUGUUCACUUUUCUCGACUUGGUGUUCCUACAUAAAAUAUUUGUCAAAAUGUAAAAAAGUGCUCUAGACGUUUUGUUAGUUAGUUUGUUUUUAUACCGAACAUGGAUAAUGACACUAGAUAAACGUGUUAUCAGUCACAGUUAUGCAAAACUAUUUAAUAUAAACAUUGGGAUAUUCUUCAAUGACAAUUACAGUCGUAUAUUUCCUAAAGCGCUUAUUAUUCUUAUUGCGUGUUUAUGUUCGUGUAUAUUUCAAAAUCAAAAUACAGUAUUCCACUUUGUUAUA